UUAGGGGAGCGGCCCCUCUCCCGUGGGUGGCUGCUGCGGGUGACUUACCUGCGCAGAACGAUGGCGAUGUCUGCCCGGUCCUCGCGGGCCGCGUCCGGCUCAGAUAAAGUACGGAAAGACAAGACUGCACAGACCUCAGGCCCCGGUCAGGCCAGCCGCAUGGGGAAACUCUUGGGUUUUGAGUGGACAGAUGUAUCCAGCUGGGGGAGGCUGGUGACCCUGCUGAAUCGGCCAAUGGAUCCUGCAAGCCUGGCUGUCUUCCGUUUUCUCUUUGGGCUGUUGAUGGUGCUCGACAUUCCCCAGGAGCGGGGGCUCAGCUCCCUGGACCGAAGAUACCUGGAUGGGCUGGAGGUGUGCCGCUUCCCCUUGCUGGAUGGCCUGCAGCCACUGCCACUUGACUGGAUGUAUCUUGUCUAUACCGUCAUGUUUCUGGGGGCACUGGGCAUGAUGCUGGGCCUGUGCUACCGGAUAAGCUGUGUGUUAUUCCUGCUGCCGUACUGGUAUGUGUUUCUCCUGGACAAGACGUCAUGGAACAACCACUCCUAUCUGUAUGGUUUGUUAGCUUUUCAGCUGACAUUCAUGGAUGCAAACCACUACUGGUCUGUGGAUGGCCUGCUGAAUACCCGGAAGCGGAAUGCCCACGUGCCUCUUUGGAACUAUGCUGUGCUGCGUGGCCAGAUUUUCAUUGUGUACUUCAUUGCGGGUGUGAAAAAGCUGGAUGCAGACUGGGUGGAAGGCUAUUCCAUGGAGAACCUGUCCCGGCACUGGCUCUUCAGUCCCUUCAAGCUCGUCUUGUCCGAAGAGAUGACCAGUCUGCUGGUGGUGCACUGGUGCGGACUGCUCCUUGACCUCUCAGCCGGUUUCCUGCUCUUCUUCGACGCCUCAAGAUCCGUGGGCCUCCUCUUCGUGUCCUACUUCCACUGCAUGAAUUCCCAGCUUUUCAGCAUUGGUAUGUUCCCCUAUGUCAUGCUGGCCAGCAGCCCUCUCUUCUGCUCCCCUGAGUGGCCUCGGAAGCUGGUAUCUCACUGCCCCAAAAGGCUGCAAGAACUGCUGCCCCUCAAGGCUGCCCCUCAGCCCAGUGCUUCCUGCAUGUAUAAGAGGAACCGGGCCAAAGGCAGCCAGAAGCCAGGGCUGCGCCAUCAGCUAGGCACUGCCUUCACCCUGAUCUACCUCCUGGAGCAGCUCUUCCUGCCCUAUUCCCAUUUCCUCACCCAGGGCUAUAACAAUUGGACAAAUGGACUCUAUGGCUACUCCUGGGACAUGAUGGUGCACUCCCGCUCCCACCAGCACGUGAAGAUCACCUACCGUGAUGGCCGCACUGGCGAGCUGGGCUACCUUAACCCUGGGGUAUUCACACAGAGCCGGCGAUGGAAGGAUCAUGCAGACAUGCUGAAGCAAUAUGCCACUUGCCUGAGCCGCCUGCUUCCCAAGUACAAUGUUACUGAGCCCCAGAUCUACUUUGAUAUCUGGGUGUCCAUCAAUGACCGCUUCCAGCAGAGGCUUUUUGACCCUCAUGUGGACAUUGUGCAGGCUGCCUGGUCCCCCUUCCAGCCUACACCUUGGCUGCAGCCACUGUUGAUGGACCUGUCUCCCUGGAGGGCCAAGUUACAGGAAAUCAAGAGCAGCUUGGACAACUAUACUAUGGUGGUCUUCAUUGCAGAUUUCCCUGGGCUGCACCUAGAGAAUUUUGUGAAUGAAGACCUGGGCAACACUAGCAUCCAGCUGCUGCAAGGGGAGGUGAUUGUGGAGCUGGUGGCAGAACAGAAGAACUACACUCUUCAGGAGGGAGAAAAAAUGCAGUUGCCUGCUGGCGAGUACCAUAAGGUGUACACAGUGUCACCCAGUCCUUCCUGCUACAUGUACAUCUAUGUCAACACUACGGAAGUUGCACUGGAGCAAGACCUGGCAUAUCUGCAAGAAUUGAAAGAGAAGGUGGAGAAUGGAAGUGAAACAGGACCUCUACCCCCCGAGCUGCAACCUCUGCUAGAAGGGGAAGUAAAAGGAGGUCCUGAGCCAACACCUCUGGUUCAGACCUUUCUUAAACGCCAGCAAAGGCUCCAGGAGAUUGAACGCCGGCGAAACUCCCCUUUCCAUGAGCGAUUCUUCCGCUUCUUGAUGCGAAAGCUCUAUAUUUUUCGCCGCAGCUUCCUGAUGACUUGUAUCUCACUUCGAAAUCUGGCAUUAGGUCGCCCUUCCCUGGAGCAACUGGCCCAAGAGGUGACUUAUGCAAACUUGCGACCCUUUGAGCCACUUGGAGAGUUGAAUCCUUCAAACACAGAUUCUUCAAAUUCUAAUCCUCCUGAACCAAAUUCUGAGCAUAUCCACUCAGAGUUCUGAGGGGGGCCAGAUAUUGGGUACAGCCAGUCAUAGGACCAUUACCUGUGCAGUGGAGAUUUGAAAAAACUUUUACAGAUAUUUAUAUUUUUCUUCCUUGUCUAUAGCUCUUUUAAAUUCAGAGAUGAUAUCUUAGAAGAAGGAGCCAAGGAAGUAAAGCAAGGAUAAGAUUUAUCAAUCCAAGGUUUAGAGGCCAGGAGGGGGUUAAAAGCAAUGUGAAAAGGUCCUUCUACGAUAAAGGGGACAGUCAGGUUUAAAGUGACUGGCUCCUUGGGGAAAGAGAUUUUAUGUACCAUGAUGAAAAUAGUAGCCAAGUAUUCUCAAGUGCUUGCCAUAUGCACAGUGCUUCACACAGUGCCUACAUUACAUUUAGUCCUUAAUGGUCAUUAGUCUUAUUUUACAGUUGGAGAAACUGACAUUGAGAGGUACUAUAAUUUGCUCAAAGACAUAAACCUAGUAAGGGAUGGAUUGAUGGUUUGAACCUCAUGUCUGACUUAAGGUCCUUCACCCUGUCUCUUGUAAUUUUGAGAAUCACAAUAAUUCUGAAAUAAUGUAACUUAAAACUUGUCUUCUUAAUUAUAAGUAUGAUGAUUAGUAUGGUGAUGAGGUUCUGAAUGCACAAAUUUUCUCUUCACUAUAAUUCUGGUUCCUUCUUAGUUUCUCAUAUCUACGUAUCCUGUAAGUUUUUCACUAGCAGCUAUGAGAGUAGUUAGGAUAGCAGAAAGUUAAACUAUAAGGAAAUUUAAUGAUUGGUAUUAGUAUUUUGCUAAAAACAAGCUUAACAUUUAGCAUUAUUCUAGCACUUACUGAGAAGGUAAUGUAAAGUGAGUAUUAACCAAACUUGGUGAGGGAUAAGGGAAUGUAGGUUUGGAUAUACAAGGAAACUCCUCAGGUCCGUGAAUGUUCAAAGGCCUGGCACUGGGCUAGGAAGUGAGAAUGCAGUUUUAAAAAAAGAGCUCAUGAUUUGGUAACAGACUGGCAGUCCCAGUACUUUGAUAAAAGAUUGCAUCUGUUAUCAAUCUUCCCGUGCCCCACCCCACCUAACCCCCUUGGACAGUGGGCUCAGGGUUCUUUCCCAGGCAUUUUUUUCCCCUGUACACACUAUUCUAUGGUUUCCAGUGAUGCUAUGCUUAGAUUUCUUUCCUGUGCCCUAGACCUUGACUUAUGUCUCUACCUUGAUAUCCCAGAGCUUUCAAACCCUGUCCUGAAUAGAACUUAGCUUCAUUUCCAACUCAAGACCUGCUCCUCCUUUAUUAGUGAAUGGCAACUAUAUUUUUUUUCACCGAAUCAUCAGUCUCAAGUCUUUUCCUCACAUUUCUUGUAAUUUCCAGUCCCAGCAAUUCUACCUCUUAUUUCUUAAAUCUAUUAAUUUCAUCUCCUCUGCUAUAGGGAGAUCAGAGCAGGGCUACCAUGAAGAUGUACAGGUUGGGCCAAGUGGGGCCUGGCAGUGAGUCCCUUGGAUUCAUACAAGGCAUUGUAUGCAAUGGCUGUGCCACGAGGUCGUUUUUUUUUUUUUUUAACCCUUACCCGAAUUAUUUAGAGUGGGAGGGAGGGGGAAACAGAAAAACGGAUUGGUUGCCUCCCUAGAAUUGAGGUCUAGAGCAGCAGUCGCCAACCUUUUGGACCUCAUGGACCACCAGUUGGUGACCAUGAUCUAGAGUGGAAGGGAGAAACUGAAAUGAUUGGUUGCCUCCCUAUCGAACCUGCUACCCAGCCAGGUACGAGCCUGGGAAUCAAAGCCGUGACCCUUUGGUGUGCGCAGGCCAACGCACUAGCCACUGAGCACCACCUCCACAGGUAUUGAGCAAGAAUGGUGUGGGGGAAACUGCACAACUCUGACACAAUGUACCUCAGCACUAUGUCCUUUGCCAGUAAGUUCUACCUUCUGUUCCCGGGUCCACCACCCUCUCCCCUUUGGUAAGAAUAGCAGCUUUCUCCUUCACUUUGGGAGGGGACCCUCACAAGGAUGCUAUUCCCAGACUGCUAGUGUACCACCUCUGUGACUUGUUUUCCCAGUGGAAGUGCUGGGAGGAUGGGAUAGAGGGAAAGGGUGGUCAUCUUAACUGUUAAACAUUGUUCAAUGUAAUAAAUCUGGGUUAUUCAGAUUUUAGGAGGAAUCAGGUCUAAAAUCUGUUUUGGGAGUGGGUUAUCAAUGUCCAUUUAGCCAGAGGCAUUUUAGUAUUUAGAUCUCCCGAUUGAUGUCACCCUUUAACUUUAUAGAAAGGCAAAUGAACUGUUUUGACAUUCUCUUCUGAACUCUUAACUACCCCGUUUCUUGCCUUUGCUCUUCUCUCUGGGCUCAUGCUCCUCUGCCUUUCCGGUCUUUAAAAUCCUUUUCCCCCAAAACAGGAAAAGCACCUCUUCUUAAACCUUCCUAGCUAUAAGGCAGGUACUUCUCUGGUGCUGCCCCUCCAUCCUGCAGGGGUCCACUCAUCCUCAGAUCCCCUUUAUUUGGCCAACGUAAUUAUGUCUUCAGACAGCAGUGCAUUAUCUAAGCAUUCCAAAACCUUCUGGAGCUUUUCCCUGUCGUGAAAGUUGAAGCUCUUGUUUCUGAGCAAAUUAGAGAAACUAUAUUCAUACUAAGAUUUAACACCCCUCAAUUUCUAAAAUUUUAAGCCUCCAGGUGAGCAAGUAUAAGCAAGCAUUCCUUGGGUCUCACAUUUGCAGCAGGUCCAAGUAAAAAGUUGAACCACUACUUGACUUCCCACAUGUGCUGGUGUAAACAUAUGCCAGCUAGCAUGUGCCCAUCUGUACUUCAGCUCCUAGACCCAAAAAAGGACAGUUCAAAGAUAUGUAGAAUAAGUUCCUUUUAUAAACUGCCACAAAUUUAGAGUAACUCAUUGGAAAUUUGUAUCUUCACUGUUAUUUUAAAUUGUAGUCCAUUUAUUAUCCUAGCUUGGAAGCCGUUUCCCAUUUAGAAACUUUUCAACCUCCAACACCUAUUUGAAAAUGGGUUUAUAGAUUUAAGACUGAACAGUACCACUUCCUUAAUAUAGGUAUCCCCUCCCUUUCCAAGUUUGCAGUAGGCCACUUCACUUUUAAAGACCUGUUAGUACCUGUUUGUGCCGAUAGGAAUCUGAAGAGGCUUUUUGUGUUUAUGCCGGUGGGGGGAACGGGGGACAAUCUAUUACGGAGCCUGUUUUAUUGCCCUCAAUCUUAGAUAAUGCAAAACAUUGGCAGUGUAGCAAUGGCUACUGUAAUAAAAAGACACAUGAAAUUUUGACUAUUUCUUUGGCCAAAAAAGACAGUGCUUAAAAAAACCAAACCUUUGCCCUAACCAGUUUGGCUCAGUGGAUAGAGUGUCGGCCUGUGGACUGAAAGGUCCCAGGUUCAAUUCCGGUCUAGGGCAUGUACCUUGGUUGCAGGCACCUCCCCUAGUAGGGGGUGUGCAGGAGGCAGCUGAUCUGUUUCUCUCUCAUCGAUGUUUCUAACUUUCUAUCCC